CUCUCUCUCUCUCUCUCUCUCUCUCUCUCUCUCUCUCUCUCACGUCACCGAGAGAUUGAGGGGGAAAGAUGGACUCUGGCACCAUGAGAAGAUCUCCACCACCUUCAUCAUCACCUCCUUCGUCUGGUGGAGUUAAGAGAAUCGUCAGAGAGGCGAUAUGGGUCUUGUUCAUGGUGGUGUUUCUUGGGACUGUUCUGAUAUUGAUUAUGUUGCCCACCAACACGUACCGCAAGCACUGGUCGGUCAGCAUCAGGGCCAAAUCCGGCACCUCCACCUUCUUCGGCAGUCAAGGUUACACGAUGCUGAUGUUCACAUUCCCGGUCCUGUUCAUCGCUUCCUUGGGUUGUGUGUACCUCCAUCUUGGAAACAAAUCGAGCGAGCCUCGAGUGGGAAAAAAUGGCAUCGAAAGGAGCAAGGUAUUGGCAACGUGGAAGAGACCGGUGCUGGUGAGUGGACCGCUGGGGAUCGUUUCCUGGACUGAACUGGCCUUCCUCGUGAUGUUCGUAGCGCUCCUGAUCUGGUCCUUCGCGACGUACCUUCGCAAUAGCUUCCUCAACAUCGACCGACAGGGACCGAUGCAUGGGGACAAAGUGUGGGAAGCGAAACUGGAGGACUCGGGCUUGAGGCUGGGGCUCGUGGGGAACAUAGUGCUCGCCUUCCUGUUCUUCCCGGUGACCCGAUUAUCGUCGGUGCUGCCGCUCUUCGGCCUCACCUCGGAAGCCAGCAUCAAGUACCAUAUAUGGCUCGGUCACAUCGUCAUGGUCAUCUUCACCGCGCACGGCCUCACUUACAUCAUCUACUGGAUUGUCACUGACAGAAUCUUUGAGAUGGUGAGGUGGCAGAAGACGGGUGUAUCGAACUUGGCGGGGGAAAUAGCGCUGCUCGCCGGGCUGGGGAUGUGGGCGACCACCUUCCCCCGCGUGCGGAGGAAGAUGUUCGAGGUCUUCUUCUACACCCACUAUCUCUACAUCCUCUUCAUGCUCUUCUUCGUCCUCCACGUCGGCAUCUCCUACUCCUGCAUCAUGCUCCCGGGCUUCUACCUCUUCAUGGUCGACCGCUUCCUCCGCCUCCUGCAGUCCCGUCGCCGCGCCCGCCUCGUCUCCGCUCGCGUCCUGCCCUGCGACACCGUCGAGCUCAACUUCUCCAAGACCCCAGGUCUAGAGUAUACUCCGACGAGCAUCAUGUUCCUGAACGUGCCGAGCCUGUCCAAGCUGCAAUGGCAUCCAUUCACCAUUUCCUCGAACAGCAACUUGGAAAAGGAUAAGCUCAGCGUCAUCAUCAAGAACGAAGGGGCUUGGUCUAAGAAGCUCUACCAAAUCCUUUCUUCUCCGUCUCCUCCCGAUCGCCUCGAGGUCUCCAUCGAAGGACCUUAUGGACCCGCCUCGACUCAUUUCCUCAGGUAUGAGAAGCUGGUAAUGGUGAGCGGGGGCAGUGGAAUCACUCCAUUCAUCUCCAUCAUCAGAGAAUUCAUCUUCAUGAGCACCGCAUUCAAGUCAAUGACUCCUAAAUUGACCCUCAUUUGUGCCUUCAAGAACUCCUCUGAACUUACCAUGCUUGACCUCGUCCUGCCCAUCUCAGGCACCCCAUCCGACUUAUCCAACAUUCAGCUUCAGAUUGAGGCCUACGUGACUAGAGAAAAAGCAGCCACUACCCAAUCCUCGAAACAAGCCCGAGCUGUUUGGUUCAAACCCAGUUCGCUCGACGAACCGUUGUCUGCCAUCUUAGGCCCCAACAGUUGGCUGUGGCUUGGUGCCAUCAUUUCGGUCUCUUUCGUCAUGUUCCUCAUAUUGAUAGGGAUCAUUACCCGCUACUAUAUUUACCCGAUAGAUCACGAUAUCAACGAGUACCCUACCGCUGUUAGGGCAAUCCUGAACAUAUUGAUCAUGUGCAUAUGCAUCGUCAUUGUGGCUAGCACAGCUUUUGUUUGGAACAAGAGGACAAAUGCCAAGGAAGCGAAGCAGAUCAAGCACUUGAACAGGUCGGCUGGGGAGCAUUCGCCUGAUUCGGGGUUCUACAACGCCGAAAGGGAAUUGGAGAGCCUCCCACAUCAGUCCCUUGUCCAAGCCACCAAUCUGCACUUUGGCGAAAGGCCUGAUCUAAAGAAAAUGUUAUUUGAGUGCAUGGAGUCAAGUGUUGGAGUCCUGGUUUGCGGUCCGAAGAAAAUGAGGCAUGAUGUCGCGGCCAUCUGUUCAUCUGGGUUGGCUGAAAACCUGCACUUCGAGUCCAUCAGCUUUAGCUGGUGAUCCAAGUCAAACCGUCUCCCCAUGGAAGAAGUAUAUAUUGUGAUUUUCCGGCAAUGCAAACUUGCAGAAUGGGCCUCGCUUGUUAUAUAUGUUGUGUGUUGUGAUGAUGUGGCUUUCCCCUUUCACUGGGAAGACAAGACUGGAAAUAAAAAGAGGGCCAGCAAAGAGGGGAGUAGGGGAAAAAAAGGCAGAUUAGCUGGUGUGUUUCUUCUAAAUCUCAAUACAAAUAUGUGCGUCGGUUUCUCUUUCA